GCCUAAGUGGUGAGGUUUGGAACCGUUGUCCGGUUGUACACUUAUCACAAUGUUUGACACCCGCAGUGGGAAGAGCACCAUGCCGUAUAGUAAGGCUCAAGAGGAGCAGGCCACCGCCAUCCUGAGGGAGAGAAAGGAGAAGAAGGAGCUCCUUAGGCAGGCAAAGAUGAAGAUGAUAGCCGAGGAGCAGGCGGCGAAGAAGAAGAAGCUGGAGGAGGAGAUGCAAAUAUUGCAGCAAGAGGAGGAAGAGAGAAUGAGAGCUGCAAAGGACGAAGAGGUUGAAGAGGAAGAAGAACAGCCGGAAGAAGAGCCCCUCAAAAGGAGAAGACUGGGGGAAGGAGAAGGAAGCAAUGGCACGAAAGAAGAUGACCCGCGGGUGGAAAGGAGGAUAUCUGAAUGGGUGGCUAAUUUAUCAUCGGGAGAGGAUGAAGAGGUGAUGCUUUAUAUACCUCAGGAGGAGAAGGAAGCCGCAAUCAGGGAGAUUGAGGCGGCGAGUGAUCCCCUAGAACGCCAGGCUAUAGAGAAUGAGAAGAGGUUAGAUUGGAAGUUGCGCCUAGCAAGGGAGAAGAAGAGGGGGACGGAGGAAGCCAACAGGAUGGUUAGGGAAGUGGAAAGCUUACAGACGUGUAGACAAGAAGUAGAGGCCCAACCUAACAUUUGGGCUAAGUUGGACAAGAUCCUUGGGAGCAUCAAGCUCCUAGGCAGGGCCUGGACCGAGCACCAUCAGUCCGUUAGGGGCCAAGAGAUGGCCCUCCACUCCACCCGGUCUGGUUUCAGGGACUUUGCGCGUGACGUAAUGAAACACGUUGGGACCGAAGUUAGGAAGUUAAAGGACAACGCAGAGAAAUUUUGCGCAGGUGCCGUUGAGGGCGCCAAAGUAGUGGCCGCUGCAGAAAGUGAAGGGUGCCCCCACAAAGAGUCUGUCAAGCUCAAGUUUCCUGACUCUUAUGGCGGGAAAAAAGACGAUAACUUUGAUAACUGGGAGGCCAGUAUCAACACAUACCGCUCCAUGAAUGAUGUGUUUAGGCCGUGGUUAGACAAAUUUGUUGUAGUUUACCUAGACGAUAUCUUAGUUUUCAGUAGGACCCUCCAAGAGCAUCAGGGUCAUUUGAGGCAGGUCUUGGAGAAGCUAAGAGAGGCUAACUUCAAAAUCAAUGCAAAAAAGUGCGAGUGGGUCAAGACACAAGUCUUGUACUUGGGCCACGUUUUAGACGGAGAUGGAAUCAGACCUGAGGAUAGUAAGAUAGCGGCGAUUAGAGAUUGGUCGACGCCUCGCACGAUGACAGAAGUGCGAUCGUUUCUAGGCCUAGCUAACUAUUACAAGAAGUUCGUGAGGAACUUUUCCUCCAUCGCCGCCCCUCUUCGCAGGUUGCUGAAGAAAGAAGCGAUCUGGAAGUGGGACAAAGACUGUACAUCCGCUCUAGAGAAGUUAAAACGAGCGUUGAUCGAAUAUCCUAUCCUCAAGGUAGCAGAUCCGUCCUUGCGAUUUGUCGUCACCAUGGACGCAAGUCAAUAUGGCAUAGGCGCCGUGUUGCAACAGGAUGACUGCAAUGGCUACAGACCCGUAGAGUUCAUGUCAGCGAGGAUGCCUUCAGAGACAGUGGCUACCUCGACUUACGGGAGAGAACUCUACCCUCUCAGGCAGACCUCAGAGCACUGGAAGCAUUACCUGCUUGGGAGGCACUUCAAAGUUUAUUCAGACCACGAGACUCGUAGGUGGCUGAAAACGCAGGCCAAGAUGACACCUAAGCUAACUAGGUGGGCCGCUGAGAUAGAUCAAUAUGACUUUGAGCUCAAACUAGUCAAGGGCAAGUAUAACGUAGUUGCGGAUGCUCUAAGUAGGAGAUCAUAUUACUUUGGAACUAUAGUUCACUAUCUGGAUAUAGGGAGAGACCUGCAAGAGAAAGUAAGACAGGCGUAUGCAUAGGACCCUAUUUAUAGUGGCCUCCGCAAGAAAGUCAAGGAGGUCCCAGAGACUGAACCAGAUUACCGCACUACAGAGGGAUUACUAUUUGAGAAGACCAACGUAGUAGACCGUUUGUGCGUUCCUAAUAGCGAGGAGAUCCGUAGUUUGAUCGUAGGGGAAUGCCACGACACAGAGGGACAUUUCGGUUGGCAAAAGACUCUAGCCAAUCUGAUGCAAGCGUAUACUUGGCCAGGAAUGAAAGUCGAUUGCAUAG